AUGGAUACCAGAAACUACCCCAGCCCUCCGGACAGGCUCUCCAUCUUCUCUGAGUCUGCCCACCUGCCCCUGUCCAGACCUUUCUACCUGGACCCCAUGGUCACUGUCCAUCUGUGCCCCGAGGCCCCAGUGCCGCCCCCUUACACAGAUGAGCUGCCUCUGCUGCCUUUUUCCAACGAUACCCUGAUCGUGGACAAUUACGGGGAACCGUACCCUUUCCCCUUCCCCAUGCCUUACGCCAACUACAGGCGCUGUGACUACGCCUACGGGCCGGCCUUCAUCCGCAAGAGGAAUGAACGGGAGCGGCAGCGAGUCAAGUGUGUGAAUGAAGGCUACGCCCGGCUGCGGCGGCACCUGCCGGAGGACUACCUGGAGAAACGACUCAGCAAAGUGGAAACCCUCAGAGCUGCCAUCAAGUACAUCAGCCACCUGCAGUCUCUCUUGUACCCGGAUGAGACUGGGACCGAGAGGAAUCCUCGAACCACCAGCUGCGGAUCCCUGGAUCCUGCUCUGAAAAUCAUUUGAGUCAUCUCUUUCCAAAAAUAGGGUCUUCCGUAGCAGCAUCCAGUAGAUUCUCACACACCUGGUUUCCAGGAAGAGACAACAGGAGCCCCACUACCAACCUUCAUGAAAUGCUGCUCACCUGGGUUUAGAAUGAACGAAAGUAUCUCAGGCCGACUGAGAAGCCCGCGCUGGCCUCACUGCUCUAAGAACUCUGAGGUAGCCAGGCUUGGUGG